AGUGUAUUGUUUCAAGAAUUACAGACUGUUUUUUUAUGUGAGCAGCGUUUCGUAGAAAAAAUACUAUCCUCCAAUAUAUACAACUCUUUGCCAUAAGCCCAUAAAAAUUUUAGCCAUUGACAAUACACAAUUGCCUCGGUCAAGCUUAGAAACAUUACCUUUCUUCUUGACGCAGCAAUUCUAGAUAAAAAUAAUCAUUUUUGAGCCGGUCUCUCCUCGCACCGAAAUCCAAGACUAGUUUGGGCGGAACAUCUUAAGCGGGGGCAAGCGCCCCAUUAGCCACGAUGGGGGUGGAUAUAGCGCCCCCUUUCCAGCACACGUCGCUCCCCUUACCCUCGCCGGUCCACGACUACGUCACGGCUGAGGCCACCAUCCUUGUCGGGGUGCUGGUGGUGUUCUACCUAACUGUGAUUUUGCUGCUCUUUGGAAGCAACCUGGCGUGCCCACGAAGUUUGUUUCCUUCUUCACCUGCCGUGAAGAAGGCAGGUGCAGAAACAGUAGAAAACAAUCACAGUGAUUGUGACACCUGCAUCGACAUAGAAAGGGGUCACCCCACACUUGAAGGUGAAAAUAGAAAUGUAGGAAAUGAAUUCGGUGAAAAUUCAGAGAGAGCUGCAUCUUCGAAAAUAUACAGGGGAAAUAGAAAUUCAGGAUUAAAGUACGACUAUUGUUCCAUAGAUGCAGAGGAUGAUUUCGGGUCCAAUGUGAGUCACGUGGAAACUUGCAAGAUGUGCCAGCAAGAAGCAAUCGAAUCCGAUGAAUUUGUGGACACCGAUGAUAGCGACGAUGAUGAGGAUUACAGUUACGAUGACACUCUAGUGGUCGACAGAAAAGGGGAAUAUUCGAUAAGUUACUAUAAGAAACAGUGCAAUGACAUCGACGAAAUAAACUGGAAUGUUCGUAGCGAUCCUCAAGGAAAUUAUUCAUCAGAUGUUAGGCAGUGUCGAUGCGUAGAACCGCGCUACGCUGAGAUCGUCGGCGGACAACAAGACUACAAUCGCUACAAAAAUUUAUACCGCAUUGAGAACCAGGAAACCAUGGCAAUACGACAAGAAAAAUUACGUAACCUCGAGCAGCAACUGCGAGCCCAUAGCCGGCCUGUUCCCUUUGAAGAGAAUCCUACUGAAAUCCAUCGCGAAAAAGUCAGUUGUGAAUGUUUGCAUGCAUUGCCCCGAUCGUCGAGCGCCAGCGACAAAAUGUCUGGCCAUUUGCGCAGCAAAUUAGGCAUGCCAUCUAGGGCAAUGAGAGCACCAAAGCUCAAUGAGUCGUUGGCACAGGUUCAUUAUCCGCCGCACAAUCGGCCAAAUUACCUGGAGUCCCAUAGCAUGGUUUGCAAAUGCACUACUUUGCUCCACACAGACACCUAUAUUGGACAUCCUAAAAAGUACGGCCCUGUGAAUACAAAUCGAAAUGAGUUCGUCUACAAACAAAGCCGCAAUUGCGGACUUUGUGACGAUUUGUGCGUCACUUGCAGUGAAACUAAAGGCAUAAAAGGUGCUGAAAACAACACUAAAUAUGAAAAGUGCGAUAACUUCACAACAUCGCGUAGAUUUUUGCAGCAAGAUACGGCAGAUACGCGGACUCUAGCAAGCCGGCGGCAUUCGGUAACGACGCAACUCAAUCGAUGGGCAUCUUCAUACGAGAGCCCUCCUGGCCAUCGACUUACAAUGCCAUCGAACUCCGGAAACAAUGGUCCAUCAUCUUUGAAAAAUUCCACUUCCGAUAGCUUUCUUUCGAACCAUGUCAAGUCUUGCAAAGUUUGCUCAGAUCUGAGUGUGUCUAAGAUGGAAAACGCCCACGGCAGGACCGUUCAUCUUAUCUCCAUGCCUCCUAGUCACACGAGUUCUUUCAUUCAGAAAGAAACAGCGACUCCUGUUCAUGAGUCUCAACGUCUUUUAAAAAUUAGUAGCCCAGAAAUAAACGGAAAUAUAUUAUCCAAAAUUAAUGGUGAGCAAAUAAAAGAGUUUAAUCCCCAGAAAAACAAGUCUAAAGCUCCUAUGGACUCUGCAGUCAAGAACGAGCAGGAUGUGGACAUGAAGCUUUCGACUCCUUUGACUCAAGAAGAUAAAGUCGCAAUGUUCUCAAAACUUCAUCAUUCAGUAUCACCAGACGAGAAAUGCGAAGUUAAAUCAACUGAGAUAGAAAAAACAAAAGACGAAGACGCCACCCAACAUGCAAACCUCACAGACAACGUGCCAAAAAAGGCUACCGAGUCCAGCGUGGACCCAAAUAAAUUCCCUGAUUACUCGAAGGACUCGAAGGCGGAUCGACCAUCCUCGAGCCAACUGAAGUCUGUCCGAGAAGCUGCUUCAUCACAGCGGACAGCUAUAAAAGAUUCCCUGGAUCUGGAGGUGGUGCUGCUCGAGGAAAGAUCUGGCCAUGUUGCCACGCAUUUGGCGUCAGUGUAAGUGACGUCGUCGGUCGGUAGAAUAUUAUUAGGCUCCAUAAUUUGAUGAGAACACUAAUAAGUUAUCACGUUUAUUUAGCGUUGUAGAGUUAUACCGUUUAUGUAGCGUUGUAUCGUUAACCCGUUAUUUUACCCGUUAUACUAGGGCCUUCUACAUCUUGAAUCGUCUUCUUCAUUCUUGAAUCUUGAAUGUUUGAUAACGAAUUCGAGGAUGAUAAGGCAAUGAUACAUUUCUAAUUUAAAACUGAACUAAUGUUCAGUUUCAGUUAACUAAUCUGUAAUGUAUAGCAUUUUAAUAGUAAAUUGACUUGUCAUUGAAAAUCCGAAAAGGAUUAAUAUUCGCAAUGAUAUAUACGUAAAUUUAUAUAAAAAUUUUUAUUGAAAUAUUUUGAGCAUGAUCAUAUACCGAAAACUGAAUUAAAAUAUUUCAUACAAUUCGAAUGUAUCGUUGUACUUGAAACUUUAUUCUACGUGUACAGAUAGAAUUAUUAUAUAUACUUCGCUCCUUGUGUAAAGGACAAUUAAUAAUUCAAAAAAACGAAACCACCAUUACUUGUGACAGCAAAAAAAAAAAAAAAACUAUGUGCA